AUGACCGACUUUGCCAGCGGUGACAACGUUGAUGAUGAAUCGGAGAAGUCGGAAAGCCAGUAUAGAGCACCAGAAAAGAAGUCUGUUGUGGAAAUUCUAAAUGCAGAUCAGGAUGAUGAAAGUCUUGCCAAAUAUAAAGCAACACUUCUUGGUGCGUCUCCUGUGGAUACUGUUGUCGACCCAAUGGAUCCGCGAAUAGUCAUUGUUAAAUCGAUCACACUUCUUGUUCCUGGCCGAGAUGACGUCAAAAUGGAGCUAGAUAACGCUGGGGCUUUGGGAGAUGCAACAUUCAAGCUGAAGGAAGGAUGCCAUUACAGACUACGCUUCGAUUUCUACGUACAGCGUGAGAUUGUGACAGGCCUAAAGUACAUUCACAAGGUAAGCCGUCACGGUGUACAAGUCCUGAAGGAAACGUUUAUGGUUGGCUCAUACGCUCCCAAGCAAGAACUUCAGAGCUACACCACCCCAGUAGAGGAAGCACCAUCCGGAAUGCUCCAUCGUGGAAAGUACAAAGUGAAGUCACAAAUGACCGAUGACGAUGGUCACGAUUGGCUGACAUGGUGUUGGACUACGGAGAUCUCGAAGGACUGGUAG